UGAUAUGAAAGCGUAUGAAAUUUGUUUUCUGUUUAUAUUACUGGACUUUUAUUGAUUCGAGUAUAAGAUUUAUUAGCAAAAUGGAUAUUCUAAAAGCAGAAAUAAUGAAGAAACGUAAAGAAUUAGAAGAAAAUCACGUCUUAGAAAAUAAUAAGAAGUACUUCAAGAGAAGUCAAUUGAUAUCGAAGCAACAAGAAGUGUAUGAAACUGAUAAGGGGAACAAUGAAGCUAUUUCGUUAAAUGUUAGUCAGCAGUCAGAAGAACAUGUAACAGACAGUAGUUCUGAACAUUUAUUGUCUAGGCAAGAAGUAAUUAGGCGAUUACGCGAACGGGGAGAGCCCAUAUUAUUGUUCAGUGAAUCUGAGGUAGAAGCGUUCAAAAGAUUAAGGAAAUGUGAAAUUCUUGAGCCAGAAGUGAAUAAAGGCUUUAGAAACGAUUUUCAAGAAGCUAUGGAACAAGUGGAUCAAGCAUAUCUCAAUGAGAUUUUAACAUCUUCCAAAUCCCAAAAUCUUGAUGGAAAAGGAGAUGUAAAUGUACCUGAUGAGAGUGUUACUUAUGAAGAUAUAGAAAAGAUGUCAACUAAACUGAAUAAAGGAGACAAAGAUUUUGAUAUGAAUGUUAUCACUCUGUUUGUACAAUAUCUAGUUCAAAUAUGGGGUAAUCAACUUAACAGUCGGUCAACUGCUGAAAAAAUGAGCACAAAAGGAAAGAUGAAUAGCGCAACAUAUGCUCAAACGAGAGAAUAUUUAAAACCACUUCUAAGAAAAUUGAACAACAAAUCUCUUCCGGAGGAUAUUACUGACAGUUUAACAGAAAUUGUUAAACAUUUGCUACAGCGGAAUUAUAUAUUGGCUAGCGAUGCCUAUUUGCAAAUGGCAAUAGGCAAUUCUCCAUGGCCUAUUGGUGUAACUAUGGUUGGUAUUCAUGCUCGUACGGGUAGAGAAAAAAUCUUCUCUAAAAAUGUUGCUCAUGUCAUGAACGAUGAAACUCAGAGGAAGUACAUUCAAGCACUCAAAAGAUUAAUGACUAAAUGCCAGGAAUACUAUCCUACAGAUCCUUCACGAUGUGUAGAGUAUUCAAAAGAUUAGAUUUUUAUGAUAAAAUAUGUUUUUAAAAUGAAGUAGAGCGCUACAAUUUAAGCUUACUUGUAGUAUGUGUGGACAUCCUAUUAGAAAUAUCGAAUAGCUUAUUAUAGACAUCUUUUACAAAAUUUUAUUAUUAGUUCAUAAUAUUUUUUUUAGUUAGAGCAGAAUGCAAUAUUUUUCGUAUGCGUGUGUAUGUAUAAAUGUAUGUAUAAUAUGUUAAUAAAUGCAAAUUUUGUUUUUGUGAA